UAAGAAGGUUACUGCCGUACACAAAGCCAAUAUCAUGAAAUUGGGUGAUGGUUUAUUCUUGAAGUGUUGCGAAGAAAUGGCUAAAUUGUAUCCACGCAUACAAUUUGAGAAAAUGAUUGUUGAUAACACUACCAUGCAAAUGGUAUCACAUCCUCAUCAAUUUGAUGUUAUGGUUACACCUAAUUUGUAUGGUAACAUUGUUGAUAAUUUGGCCACUGGUUUGGUGGGUGGUGCUGGUGUUGUAGCUGGUGCUUCAUACUCCUCUGAAACUGUAGUCUUUGAACCUGGUGCACGUCACACUUUCGCUGAAGCUGUUGGCAAAAAUAUUGCCAAUCCCACCGCCAUGUUCUUGUGCGGCACUAAAAUGUUGCGCCAUAUUAAUUUGCCAUCGUACAGUGAAAGAAUUCAAUCUGCUCUUCUCCGUGUACUUAGCGAUGGUAAAGUGAAAACCAAGGAUGUAGGUGGUCAAUCCACAACUCAAGAUUUUACACGUGCCGUUAUUGCCAACAUUCAAUAAAAAAGCUAAAAACUAGAACCGACAAUAAAAGUUUUUUAUGUUGCUUUGGUUUACUUACUCUCCUCUACACCGACCGACAGACAACAAAAACUCAAAAAUACACACAACACCAAAUAUUAAGUUAUUAUUAUGAAGUAAAGAAAUAUGAAUACAAAUGGCUUUCAAUUAUGAUUUAACUCUAAACAAAUUGCUAUUUGUUGUAAAGUUUCUUACUAGCGAAAAUAGAAAAAAACUAAGUUUAUUGUUUUAUUUGAUGAUUAUUAAUUUAAUUAAUUUUUAAAUCCUUUGAGUAUUAAUUUGGCGAAUAUUUUAUUUAAUUCCUUUAUUACAUUAUUAAGUUUAGUCAAACGUAUUUAUGCUCUUGUCCCAUAUGCCCUCCUUUUAGUAUCCACAUCAAAUGUAUUGUUUAUUUUUAGUUUUUUUUUUUGACCCCCCUCUACUUAUACUCGCCCUUAUUAUGGUAGUUGUGCGAUUUUUAUUUAUUUGUUAAAAAUUAUAAACAAUUUGUAAAAAGUGCGUUAUGCUAAAUUUAUUUAUAUUAUUUAUAACGUACUGUAGUUAUCAUACAUAUAAUCAAUUGUCUCAAAUUGCAUGCAAACACUAUAAUAAACGUAAAACAACUAAAAUGUUAUAACAACAAACAAUAAUAAAAAAAGGUAUAACAACAAUUGUUGAAAGAAA